GGAAAGUGCAAGACACAAAUAGAUGUAGGAGAUGGUAGUGCGACGGGGCGGUGGUCGCUUUUGGCACAUUAUGCUGCUGCAAUCGCUGCACGUUUUCUGGUUUUCUACUCAUAACACCUCAACUGCAAUUUACAACAAUUAUUGUGUAAUUUUGUUAAAUUUUUAAUUAAAUUGUAAAUAUGAUCGAACAACAGAGACAACGCAUUGAACGUGCCGUCACAGAGAUGGUAGACGAUAUGGAUAAAACUCAUUUACGUAAAAUGCAGACAGACAUGCAUUUAUGUGCGGCAAAAUGUUGUCAGGAUAUGAAUUCCAGCCUUGACAGUGUUCAGAGAUGUGUUGAUAGGUGUUCGGCACCAUUGACACGCGCUCAAAACUACGUUCAACACGAGUUGGGUGAAUUUCAGGGGCGCCUGCAGCGAUGUGUUAUGCAAUGUAACGAUGAUGUAAAAGUGAAAAUGCCGCCAAAUCCCUCCGAAUCUGAUAUUGCCAAAUAUACCGACCAAUUUGAACGCUGCGCUAUACAGUGUGUAGACAAGCAUGUCGGAUUAAUACCUACUAUGAUGAAAACAAUAAAAUCCGUAUUGGCGAAAGGUCCAGAGUCCAUACCUCAAAUGAUAGAACAACAACGUAAACGCGUAGAACGCGCCGUAUCUGAUAUGAUCAACGAAAUGUAUUCAAGUCACUUACGCAAAAUGCAGUCAGAAAUGCAUUUAUGUGCAUCUAAAUGUUGUGACGACCAACGUGGGACCUUAGAUUCCGUGCAGACUUGCAUUGAGGGUUGCGCCGUACCGCUUACUAAAGCUCAGGACUAUUUGCAGCAUGAAUUGGGACAGUUUCAAGGACGUUUGCAAAAUUGUGUUAUGAAAUGCAGCGAAGAUGCUCGAGAAAGGCUGCCAUUAAAUCCUGGAGAAGCAGAACUCGCCAAAUAUCAACAUCAUUUCGAAUAUUGUACGGUGGCAUGUGUGGAUAGACAUAUUGGCCUUAUACCAACUAUGAUGAAGACUAUAAAGGCUGUCUUGGAGAAAGGUCCUAAAGCUUUGCCACAAGCAUAGAAAAGUUG